AUGAUUGACAACAUCGCUUCAGCUGAUACCUCGAUUGGCAAGGAAAUGAGAACGGCGAAGUCGUCGGUGACAGAUGCUCGUGGUCAGCUUCCAGCCCCACUGCUCAAGUUGGGCUCGUUCAGCGGUGGCAACAAUUCACGAGACUUUCAAAGAUCUAUGAAGCUGCCAGUGGAGCCGGUGAUGGUAACAACUUCUGUAAAGGCCAAGCAGGAUUCUAGCGAAGUUGUUGAGGUGAAAAUUCCGGUGCUAUUACCGCAUCGAAUCCUGCUUUAUUUGUUCACUGUGCUGGGGGUCUUGAUCCGGCCGGAGGACAUCCAGCAAUACUGGCAGCACUGCCAUGAGUUUUGCAUAUGGGCCCAAAACAAGGACUUUGAUGGCAGCCACGUGCCCGUGACCAUCUACGGCGACACUGCUCGGUAUGGGCAGAGGUAUGAUCAGGCUAAGGUUACAGGAUGCUUUAUGAGCUUACCGCUGUGGCGACCCACGUCAACAAGAAUGUCGCAGUGGCUUCUGUUCAGUGUGAAUGCUGAUCUGUCUUUGGGGCCAGAAACUCUGAACCCUUUAUAUCUGGCCAUUGUCGAAUCAUUCAACGAAGCCUUUCAUGGCCGAAGCCUCGAAGGGCCCCUGCUACCACACAAGUUCGCAAUCACCGAAAUUAAAGGGGAUUGGGAGUUCCACUAUCACACCUUCGGGCUUAGACGAUGGUGGAAAACUCGAUAUAUCUGUUGGCGGUGUCAUGCUGAGAACCACGCGAAUGCCACCCACAGCUGCUUCGACUUCAAUGAUAAUCCAACUUGGCAGGGGACAACUGUUUCCCAUGCUUCGUUUGUGGCCAACAUAUACGGCGACAAAACCUUUGAAUCCCUGCAGCAAUCGGAACCCUGUUUAGAUUGCUCGGAGGCUAUUUUGUGA